AUAUGUUUCAGAUAGAAAGGUUAAAUAGAUAGAAAGAAAGUAAUAAACUAUUUUAUAUAAAAAUGGCUACAUUAAAUAAUAUAUUAAAAGCUAUAGAUGCAUUAAAGGUAUUACAGGAAACCAUGGUUUCAUCUGAUCCUGUAAUAAGAAAAGAGAAGAUAACACAUUGUACAGUAAUUGCUGAAGGAUUAUGUUCAACAAAUACUAAAUUAGUAUCUAAAUAUCCACAAAUUUUUGGUUGUUCUAUAAAAUCAUUAUUGGCAUUAUGUGACGACGCAGAAGCUGAUGUGAGAAUGAUUGCUGAUGAAUGUUUGAAUAAAAUUAUAAGGACUAUGGCAGACAGUGAUAUUGUUAAAAUUCAAAUAGAAUUAUAUAAUGAAAUCAAAAGUAAUGGACCUGCUCGAACUUUGAGAGCUGCUCUUUGGAGAUUCGGUUUACUCAGUCAUAUGAUUCGUCCUACGAGAGGAAAAGCAUACGUGUCUAAUUUAAUACCAUGUAUUAUUGUCAUAGCACAUAGACCAGAAGAAUCAGUAAUAGAUACACUUGCACAAGCAUUAAAAUUAAUUCUAAAAACAUUGGGGCCAUUUAUGACGGAUAACGAUGUUAAGACGUUGCUUAAAGCAUUAUUUCAAAAUAUAUCAUCAACUCAAGCUGCAUUUCGUAGAGCUGCAGCAAAUAUGAUUUUAACGACCUGCUUAAAUUGUAGGAAACCUCAAGUUUUUUUAUGUUACGUACUAAAUUAUUUAUUAGAUGCUAUUAUACCAGUGAGUGAUGACAUAGAUCACUUGAAUACAGUUAUUGGUGUUUUUGGAUGUAUAAAAGUAAUUUUACCACAUAUGUCUACACCAACGGAAUGUGAAUCCACUGACAAACAACAAUUGGACAAUUUUUUACAAAUUUAUGAGUUAUGCUUGUAUUAUACCAAGUGGCAUUCAAAUCAUAAUUUAAUAAAUGCUGCUUUGGAAACGUUGGCUCAACUUUUGCAAUCUCCAUCAAGUGCAUUUAAAUAUUUAUUGUUGUCUAAAGAAGGUAUUACUCAUAGUAGAAUUGAGUUGAAUCAAGAAACGGCCACGAUAUCUUUGGGUCAAAUAAGUAAUUCAACAGCUACAAGUAUUUCUGGAGGCAAUUCUGAUUCCACAUUGAAUUUGCUUGAACCAGAAAUGCCGCAAUUGAAUUCAAAGAUAGGAAAUUGGAUUAUAGAUUCAGAAAUGGUACUUCCAUUGAUACAAAAAUCAGAAACGCGUGAAACAUGUCCAAGUGAUGCAACAGAAACAAAAAAACAAACGAUGGAAAAUUAUAGUGAAUUAAAAAUAGAGACUUUAGAGGGAGAUGGCAUUGAGGAAGGAAGCGAUGCUGAAAGUGAAAUAGAACAAGUAGAAAAUGUACCAUAUUCAAGUUUACAAAGUAAUCAUAUGAAAGAGGAUGAAUAUUUGGACGAAGCUUCGAUAUCUGUAGCAUCUCCACAAAAAUUGCCAAUGGAAUUGCCAUUGCAAGAAAUCAAUAUUGGAAGUUAUACAGAUUCUGAUAUGUCCGUCAAAUUUUGUUGUCGUUAUUUAGUUUCAUCAUUUUUAUUAACAGGCAGUGCUGGUCACUUAAUGCCUGAUAAAUUAUUUCGUGUCAGUGUUAAAUCUCUUGCUUUAACAUGCGUAGCCAACAUUUUAAAACUUUAUCCAGAUUUAAUUCUAAUGACAGUUGCCAAAGAUUCUACUCAUUCGGAUAAGCAAAUGAUUAAAGAUAUUUUAUUAUUUGCAAAUCAUUCGGAUCCACAGAUCAGAGCCAAUGUAUCGAUUCUUAUUGGAUUAUUUUUGAAAACGGUUUUUACGCAAUAUGGCGGAUCUUUUAAGAAUUUUCAGUCUGAAAAUUUAAAUAGUAAAACAAACGAAAGUUCAUUGUUGGAAAAUAUGAUAAAAUUACUUAUAAAGGGUUUAGAGGAUGAUUCUGCUACAACAUGUCGUCAAACGUUAACAGCAUUAAAUUUAUGCUUACCAGAAAUCCUAAAUUCUGUAGAUAGUCAAUAUGGAAUAACUAUUUUAUUUGAAUUACCCAAGCUUAUUAAAAAUCCAUAUUUUCUUGUCAAAGUUAAAUUAGCAGAUUUGCUAAGUAAUUUAUCAUACGUCACUAUAGAACACAUAACAGGUGAUGCAUUAUUUCAACAACAUUUUAUCGAUGUUAUAAUAAUUUUAUUAGGAGAUCAGGAUAAAAGAGUUAGACAUGCAGCAUCUGAAGCAAUUGUUAAAAGUAUUCCAUAUUUAUAUUUUCAACAUCCUCAGGAAAGUGCUGCUGUAAAAAAAGCAGCUGAAUAUACAGAAAAGUAUUUAUCAACUGUAAUGUCAAAUAAUUUAAGGAUACCUUCGUAUUAUGAUAGACACAAAAUAUGUAUAAAUAAUACAGUCAAGCCGUUUACAUCUUUAAACGAUCAUAGUGAUAAGAAAUAUCACGUAAAUAUAGAGGAUUCCUUAUCUCGUAUUGUUAGCAUCUUAACUGAAAUACUCAUGGUUAAUUCAUCUAAGUACAUGAUAUAUGGUUGUUGUGAAGCUCUUGCUCAAUUAAGUGAAGUUUAUAAUACUGUAGUUUAUACCAGAGGAUGGGAUUGUAUACUACCCAAAGCACUGCUUAAAAAAUCUCAUAAAAAGGCUGUUAGUCGAGUAGAUACAACAAACGAAAACAAUUUUACUAUUGAAAUAACAUCUCCGACUGGUAGUGGUAUACUUUCUUUGUUGCUACCUUUGUUAUCUUCAUCUGCAAUAAGUUUGGAUUUAUCAACGCAUAAACAUUUAAUUUCUCUUGCGGGUAAUCUUGCAUCUGGGUUGGCUCUUUGCAAUUUAAAACCUAAUGAACCAACAAACAAACAUGAUUCUGAUACACCAAAUCUUUGGCGUAUGUUUAAAGAUAAACAAACUUGUCAGUAUAUGGAAUUAUUAUUGGCUCAUGUUAUGAAAGUUUUAAAUAUUUUUGUUUAUGUUAUUGAUGAUAUACAAUUAAAUCAAGUAACUACAAAAUCAACGAUAUCUUUGUCAGCUACGCAUACUUUAUCUCCAAAGAAAAAAGUAGUUCCUGAACAGAAACAAAAAGAAAAAAAAGAUAAGUUUUUAAAUUUGAAGCUUGAAAAAGAACCAGGGGGAUUAUUCACUGUUAUUCCUCAUUAUAUGAAGAUAUAUGACAAUCUCAAAGCAGCACAUUCUAAUUAUCUUGUUACUCUUGAACCAGAAGCUAGCGAAAUGUAUAUUGCAUUAUUAACUGCUGUAUUGGAUACACUUUCGCAAAUUCUUGAAAUAGCCACUUUUAAUGAAGCUGGCGGGAUAGCAGAUGAAAUUCUUUAUUAUCUACAGACAACUGUUACUCUAUCACCAACUGCAACUAUUCAGUGUGUACAGCAAUUGUUGAAAUGUUUGUUUGGUAAAAAUCUUGGUACUCUGUGGAGUGAUCAGGAUAUGCAGCAAUAUGCAGAACAGAAUAUUUCAUUGAGAGAUACUUCUAAAGGCUUCUAUAAUCAAUGUUUUCAAAAUCCAGCUAGACAUAUGGCAGAGAUGAUCAAAAUAAUAGGAAAUAAUUGCAGAGAUGAAAAUAAACCAGACACUGGAUGGAUAGGUUUAACACGUAGAAAAGGAGAUAGAAAAUUAUCAUACAUCUAUGCUUCGGAUCAUAAAGCUUCUGUAGCUACUUUUAUUCGUUUAUUUGAACCAAUGGUUAUAAAAUCUAUGGAACAAUAUACUAUAACGAGCAAUAUUUCAUUGCAAUGUCAAGUGCUUAUGCUUUUGAGUCAACUGAUUCAACUGAAAGUUAAUUAUUGUUUGUUAGAUUCAGAUAAGAUAUUUAUUGGAUUUGUAUUAAAGCAAUUUGAAUUCAUAGAAGAGGGUCAGAUACAACAAGCGGAGUAUCUUUUACCAAAAAUUUUUACUUUUUUGGUGCAUUUAUCUUAUGAAAAAAAUCACUCGAAGGUUGUAAUAGGUAUUCCUAAAAUAAUACAAUUAUGUGAUGGACUUAUGGCAAGUGGACAGCCAGCACUUAAAUAUUGUAUACCAGCACUUGCACCAGUAGUUGGAGAUAUUUUUCUUAUUCGUAAUGGAAGUUCUAAUCAAGCAGAACAAAGAGAAUUGGAAACAACCAAAGAAGUAUUAAUUUCAAUGUUACUUCGUCUAGUGGAAUAUCACGAAGUCAUCGAGCUUUUAGCACUGUGUGUCUCAGAAUCUAGAUUUAGUGGAGAUGGAAAUGGAGAAGAAAAAUGGAGAAGAUGGUCUAGAAUGACUACAGAUACUGUACUUCCCUUGUUGGGAAUGCGUAAAGUAAGACUGGAAUCGGAAAAUGCUCAUAUGGCUUUAGUCAAAUUAUUUGCUGCAAUUUCUCCUACUGUUUUCAGACCAGUAGAUCCACUUUUAAAAAUACUCUUUACUGCUCCUGUUACUUUGAAAGAACCAGUUUUUAAAUUAAAACGUUGGUUGGGAAUGAUCAAUGUUAUAUUAUUAACACUAAUCUCUUGUGCUAAAGAGGAUUCAAUGUUAGCACGAUUAUCGGAUCUUAGCGUAUAUAUGACAGAUCUUUCACACUUGUUAUUAUUUCCAGAUAAUAUGUCUAAAGUUAUAGAUCCAUUGAAUGCACUUGGAACUCAGUCUGCACAAAUACCACCAGAAAAAAUUUUAGCCAGAUUCAUAUUUAAAGUAAUUAGCCUGAUAGGCACGAAAGUUUUUAAUAUUCUAGGAUUAAUUAAUCACAAAGCUACAGAUCCUUAUACAGGAUUUGCACAGCAUACGGAUAACGAUGAUUAUCUGGUGCAUCAAUUUGCAUUCUUUUUACAAUUGUGCAUACACAUGUUUGAGUCUGGAAGUCAUUGUAAAGUGGCAAAUGCAGCAAUGCAAAUGAUUCAAAAUCGUAAUAAUCUUGAUGAGGACAAGUUUCCGAUAGAUAAUUUAAAUUCUUUAAUGUUAAGCAUUGGACAUGUGUGUCCAAUGUUGACUUGUCAAUGGGCUUAUUUAAUGACAUUAUUAAGCUAUAAUGAGAUGUUAUUUUGGUCUAAAGUUUUGGGCACACGAAAUUCAGAUUAUAUAGUAAGAACUGUUCCCAAUGAGACUAAAGUAUACGAUCAUAUAAACAGUAUAAAUGUACAAAUUAUUCAUAAAGGUGGAAUCAUAUUAUUUUGUGAUUAUGUAUGUGAAAAUCUCAAUGAUGCAGAACCUUUAACAUGGUUAUUGGUGAAUCAUAUUGAAGAAGCAAUAAACAUAGCUACUGAAUCUCCAGUAAGAGAACUUUUAGCAGCAGCUAUACAUAGAAAUCCUGCAGCCAGUGGUCUCUUAGUACAAGCCAUUUCAACAAAAUGUGUUAAUUUAUCACAACCCAGCUUUGUAAAACGUAUAUUGCAAUGCAUCGAAGAUGCACAUCAAUCUCAAAGUGGUGCAGUCAUAAUGAUGUUAAUUCCUAAAUUUUUAUCCAUCAAAUAUCUUGCUUUAUCAAGAAUGGCAGCAAAAAUGGCUAGUAGAAGAAUCGAAAUUUUAUUAACAUUGAACGCAUCAGAUGUUAUAGAACAAUUUCCAAAAGAUGAUUUAAUAAAGGUCAUGGAUACAUUACAGACUACUAAGCUAGCUAAGAAACAUGGAGCACUAGUCAAUUUAUUGAAUAAAUUAGGAGUACAUUUUUACGAUCUUUCACCUUUCGAACCUGAUUUAUGUAGACCUUUUAAUCCAUUAAUCGUAAAAACAAUUCAACUAGAUCGCGAUUGGUUUCUCUCACAAAUAAAAUUACGUUGUUGUCAUCAGAAUGUUACAUAUAGUACUCAUGAAUCAGCACAAUUAUUGAGUAAUUUAAAUUUUGAAGACUGUUUGAGUAUUAUUUCUUGUAAGGAGUUUGAUAUAAUGAUUUUAAAAGACUGCAUAACAUUGGGUGUAAGAUUGACUAUCGAGAAUUGCCAAAAGUUAGAAUUAGAACAAAUGAAUGACAAAAAAGUUCAUUUUGAAGCAAGUCCUUUAUAUAUAGCUGCUAAACAGUGUUUGUUGGAACAUGUACGUAAUGUAACUGAAUUUAUGCCAAAACCACAUUAUGUAUUUAAUCCACAAAAAUCCGAUACUAAUAGUAAAGAAGUGAAAUAUGCAACAAGGAUAUCCAAACUUUUAGACGAUUCCAUAUACUGGAAUACACUUUUAAAAAUCAUUCCAGUUGUAAGAGCAUUUACUAAAACAUUGUCAAAAUUAACUAGAUAUAAUUUGGCACAAAUGGAUGCUAAAGCUGAAGAAGAUUGUGCUAAGCUAGCAUUAUUAUGUUUCGAAUUAACACAUUGGAUGAUACAUGUAAAUAAAGAAAAUAUUAGAAAGUUACGACCAAGUGAAGUAGAAUUAGCAUUGAGUUGUGCUGCAGAAAUUUUGAAACACGAAGGCCCAUUCAAGAUAUUUGCGGAUCACACUCGAUACUCUUGGGUAUGUUCUUCAAUACUGGCUAUGACCAAAGUAGUUGAAAACAAUUUAACGACGGUUGAAUCGUUACCUCACGUUGAUGCGUGCUCGUUACAACCAGCUUUUCAAGAUGAAGAAACGAAGCAUUAUGCGAAGGCAUGCGUGCAGAUAGCAUCAUUGGUUGUUUGGCUUGAAAAAUGUCAUACCAAUAAUAGCUCGAAAAACAUUCCUCCUUAUUUAUUUAAUAUAAUUAAAACUCUUAUUGUACUUAUUAGUCGUCAACCUUUGGUCAAUUCUUUUGUUCUAACGCCUCCUUUGGUUUGGAAACAUGGUUGGCAUGUAAUGGGUUCUGGUACAACUAAAUGCCAUUUUCCAUUGUUAUCAACCGAAUCAAAUCUUUUACAAGAGAUCGACAUUUUAGAACAAUUUAUUUAUAGAAUUAAUUUGUUGGGUUGGACUUCGCGAUUACAAUUUGAAGAAAUAUGGAUGGCGUUAUUGGGAUUGUUAAAUCUCUCACAAAAUGAAAAUACUUCUUCGGAAGAAGCAACAGCGUUAGUACAAGCAAGUUGUUUAGCUAUUCAAGCUAUAACACAAUUAUUAUUACAAACAAUGCUUCUACCACAUCCUGGUAAUCCAAUUACCAGUUGUUUGAUUCAUCAUUCACGAGAUCCUCAACUUUCGGUAGUGAAAAUAAGCUCACAAAAAUUAUAUACCAUACAAGAUUUAUUGACAUGGAAAUUCGAAUGUAUGAGUGAUAUUCAGAAUAUAAAUGGUCUCAGAUUAGAUCAUAUAUUUCAUAGAGGAAACAUAGAAAAGAUUAGAACUUCAGAUAAUUUUACUUAUAGUCAAUUAUCAGUUUCCUAUUUAUGGUCGUCGUGUAAUCUAUACGAAAAUAAAUUGAAUACCUCUGUUCUUGAAUUAAAAAAUAGAAGAAGUGAUGCAUUAAAGUCUGCAUCAUUAGAUGUAGAUUCCUGUCUUCGAUUUUUAGUGGAACUUUAUACUUCUUGGUUGUCGCCACAGGCGAAUAUUCCAAUACAAUUGCUCACUGAAACUAUGAAAUCUCUUUUAGCUAUUUCUGAUCUCUUUGUUGAAAGAGCACAAUAUCAAUGGAUAUUAGAUGUCUGUUUAGAAAUUGCAAAAGUACAUCCAACAGAAAAUGUUAUCUUAUAUCAGUAUUUGGUAAUAUCUGUAUGUAAAGCUGCUGCAGUAUUAAUACCACUGGAUUUGGAUACAUUGGAAAAGGUGAGAGGAUUGAUUGACAUCAACCUUAAAUCGGGUUUCUUAGCUGCUAGAGUCGCAGCACUUCAUGGCGUCUUGUAUUUAUUACAAAGUGCAUUUCAGGCUAAUUAUAAAGAAAUUUUGUAUAUUUUAUUAUAUCCAUUGAUUAUUGAUUAUAUACAAAAACACAUAGCCAAUCAAGAUACAGAAGGGGUAUCAAAUCAAAGCGAGGAACAUCAAGGUAUCAUGUGGGCCUUAGUAUUUUUCUUAUUAGAACAUGUAGUAGAUGUGCCGUUGGCUGUGGAAACUCCUACUGUGGUUGAAUUAGUUCUUUCUCUAGUCAUGUCACCGAAUAUUUCAAUUACUUUACAUCAAACUCUUUUACAGGGUCUCGAAAGAUUAAUUAUAACAAAAAGUGUAACGGGUAAAGUUGCUGAACAAAUUGUCAAAGUAGCUACGGAACGUUUAGGACACAUAAGUCCGUUGUAUGCAUUACCAGCUUUACAACUUUUAUUAACAUGCAUGUAUACAGAAGCAGCAGAUAGAUUAAAUCAGCCAAAUGUUGAUGAACCAUUACCGGGUAUUGAACCGGAAUCAUUGGUUCGAUCUAUUGAACGAACCUCUGCCAUAUUCGAUAGAAUUAAGAGAGGUUAUCCAAUGGAAGUAGAAAUUCUAUGUUCAGUUUUAUCAGGUGUUUUAGCAGAUUUCUUUCCACCAUCCGAAAUCUUAACUAAAGUUAUAGGUGAAUUUUUAUCACCUCAACAACCACAUCCUCGAUUGCUUUCAGGCGUAGUGUUCAAAGUCUGUGAAAGAGCAUGUACGUCUACAAAAAUGAGUUUAUUACAAGAUUGGGUGGUCUUCAGUUUGCCAAAUUUUAUACAGAGUUUACCAUUGGCUAUGUCCACUUGGUGUCUUUCUUGUUUCUUUAUAAGCGCAUCUACGAAUAAUUGGUUGAGAGCUUUAUUCCCACAUGUACAAUCAAGGAUUGGAAAGUAUGAAUACGAGGAUAAGAAGAUUUUGUGUUUAGCAGCUAAUGAUUUUUAUCAUAAGUUGCCUGAGGAAUCUCAAAGGAAAGCUUUCGUCGAGACAUUCGAAGUUGCAGCUAAAGAACCUGGAAAUCCAUUCAUUGAUAUAUUAGCAUCAUUUUAGUUAGCUAAAUUGUAUAUCUUAUUGAGGAAAGAAAUUUAUUUGAAAAAAAAAAACAAAAACAAAAACAAAAAAAAACAUUUUUUAAUAAUAUUUCAGGUGAUUCUUCUACUCUUGUAAAUUAGUGUACAUUAAUCGUGCGUUUAUCAUUGUCUUUUAAAGACGUAAGUAUGUACAUUUGUAUGUAUGUAUGUAUGUAUGUAUGUAUGUAUGUGAUAUUUAUUUCACUCACGUCCCUUUAACAAAAAUGCAAUUUGUUUUGCAAUAAACAGUAUUUUUCAACUAU